AUGACAAUAGAGAGAAUGGAGAACGUGGAGGUCUUCACGUCUGAGGGCAAAGGCAGGGGUCUGAAGGCCACUAAGGAGUUCUGGGCUUCUGAUGUCAUUUUUGCUGAGCGGGCUUAUUCAGCAGUGGUUUUUGACAGCCUCGUUAACGUUGUGUGCCACACCUGCUUCAAGAGGCAGGAGAAGCUCCACCGCUGUGGGCAGUGCAAGUUCGCUCAUUACUGUGACCGCACCUGCCAGAAGGAUGCUUGGCUGAACCACAAGAAUGAGUGCUCAGCUGUCAAGAAAUGCGGGAAGGUGCCCAAUGAGAACAUCAGGCUGGCUGCGCGCAUCAUGUGGCGGGUAGAGAGAGAGGGCACCGGGCUCACGGAGGGCUGCCUGGUCGCCGUGGAUGACCUGCAGAACCACGUGGAGCACUUUGGGGAGGAAGAACAGAAGGAGCUACGGGUGGAUGUGGACACUUUCUUGCAGUACUGGCCGCCCCAAAGCCAGCAGUUCAGCAUGCAGUACAUCUCCCACAUUUUUGGCGUGAUUAACUGCAAUGGCUUCACACUCAGUGAUCAGAGAGGCCUACAGGCAGUGGGUGUGGGUAUCUUCCCCAACCUGGGCCUGGUGAACCAUGACUGCUGGCCCAACUGCACCGUCAUAUUUAACAAUGGCAAUCAUGAGGCAGUGAAAUCCAUGUUUCACACCCAAAUGAGAAUUGAGCUCCGGGCCCUGGGCAAGAUCUCAGAAGGAGACGAGCUGACAGUUUCCUAUAUCGACUUCCUUAACAUCAGCGAGGAACGCAAAAAGCAGCUGAAAAAGCAGUACUACUUUGACUGCACAUGUGAACACUGCCAAAAAGGGCUGAAGGACGACCUCUUCCUGGGGGUAAAAGAUGACCCGAAGCCCUCUCAGGAUGUGGUGAAGGAAAUGAUACAAUUCUCCAAAGAUACACUGGCAAAAAUUGACAAGGCUCGUUCUGAGGGUUUGUAUCAUGAGGUUGUGAAAUUAUGCCGGGAGUGCCUGCAGAAACAAGAGCCAGUGUUUGCUGACACCAACCUCUACAUGCUGAGGAUGAUGAGCAUUGUUUCAGAGGUCCUCUCCUACCUCCAGGCCUUUGAGGAGGCCUCAUACUACGCCAGUAGGAUGGUGGAUGGUUACAUGAAGCUCUACCACCCCAACAAUGCCCAACUGGGCAUGGCCGUGAUGCGGGCAGGCCUGACCAACUGGCAUGCCGGUAACAUUGAGGCGGGGCAUGGGAUGAUCUGCAAAGCCUAUGCCAUUCUCCUGGUGACACACGGACCCUCCCACCCGAUCACCAAAGACUUAGAGGCCAUGCGGGUGCAGACGGAGAUGGAGCUGCGCAUGUUCCGCCAGAAUGAGUUCAUGUACCACAAGAUGCGUGAGGCCGCCCUGAACAAUCAGCCCAUGCAGGUCAUGGCAGAGCCCAGCAAGGAGCCAGCCCCAGCUCUGUUCCACAAGAAGCAGUGAGGACUCACCGCGGGGGAGGGGCAGUGUGGCUGGAGACCUGGGCAGAGAUUCUGGAGGUGGGUUUCCGGGGAGAUCCUUGAUGAGGCAGUCAGGGUAAUGCUCAACCUUGUUGCUGUGGGAACAUACUGUUCUGUGUUCCCCAUUGUCAUUUGGAUUCACUUCACUCAGUUCAGUUCAAUUUAGCUCUAUCUUAGCCCAGCACAGCCUAACUUAUCAUACAGAUAUUUAUUGUGUGCUAGGCCCUAAGAUAAAGAUGCUGCAAAUAUAGCAGGGCAGACAAAACAUAAUGAAUUAAAGCACAGUGUAAUAAUAAAUGAAGUGGUAGACUAUAUGCGCAGGGUUGUGGAGAAGGGUGUGUGUCUGGUGUGUGAGCGGUGUGUCAUGAAGGAAAUAACAUCUGAGUUUCAGGUGGUAGGUGCUUGGAGUUUCAGGUGGCUGUUCAUCCAUCUGUGCAGGUAUCUGUGGGGCUUAUGGUCUCACGCGUGGUCUGGACUAGAAGUGGCCCCUUUAUCCUCAGGUUAGUGUAGAGUUAUGAAGAAGGGACUGUGUUUGGACCACUUAGGUUCUACUCAAAGAGCUGAAACCUCUUCAGAAAAGGGGGCUUUGCCCAAACCACCCGAGGCUGCAGUUAAAGGUCUAGGUUUGCAGGAUAAUUUUGAAAAUAUUUCUAGAACACAGAGAGGAAGUGUCUCUCCCACUAUCACCUCACAAACCUUGUGAUUACCGGUGAUGUGAGGGUCACUUGGACAACAUCUGAGAUUUUUCUGUCUAUUGGCCGAGUAAGAGCGAGGAAAUCUUUUCAGGGUGAAGCUGAGAGAGAAACAAGGAAACAUACACACCUGAUGACCACAGGUCCAGCAGAAUUGGCCUUUGGGGGAUUGAUUUUGUUACAUGGUGGUUUUUACUAGUGUAGACUUCAUCAUC